AUGGCACCGGGACUCUUGAACUACCUUGGCUUUGGAGGCUCUACGCCUACCUCUGAGGAUGCAAACGCCGCUGUGCGAGCUUUGCCUGGCUCGUGGUACACCUCGCCGGACAUGUACGAACUCGAGAGACGGUCAAUCUUCUCCAGAAAAUGGCUUAUGACCACACACAAGUCCAGAGUUAAGGAGACUGGUGACUGGGUUCGCUACGAUAUCGCUGGCUUCAACUUCAUCAUCUCCCGCGACCGCAGCGGAAACAUCCACGCCUUUCACAACAUCUGCAGACAUCGUGCCUACCCAGUAGUGGAGAAGGAUAACGGAACAGCCAAGAUCUUUGCCUGUCGGUACCAUGGCUGGUCCUACGGAUUGGAUGGCAAACUGGCCAAAGCCCCUGGGUACUCGGAAAUUCAGGGGUUUGACAAGACUCAAAACGGCCUCUUCCCUAUCCACGUCCACAUCGACAACAAUGGCUUCAUCUGGGUCAAUCUAGAUGGCAAAAAGAGGCCGGAGGUUUCCUGGGAUGACGACUUCCAAGGCGUUGAUACCCAGGAGAGGUUUUCCGGCUUCAAUUUCGACAACUACGAAUUCGAUCAUACCUGGGAAAUUGAUGCCAACUACAACUGGAAGAUUGCCGCCGACAAUUACAACGAAUGCUAUCAUUGCAAAACCACACAUCCCGACAUUCCCACUGUUGCCGACCUUCAAUCCUAUAAUGUCAAAGUCCAGCGUGCUUGGAUCAAACAUGAUGGUGCCUCCACAACCGAACAGAUCGCGAAAGGCCUGAACGUGUGCGCCACCUACUUCUAUCCCAACGCUUCCAUGAAUGUUUCGCCACACUUCUUCUUCACCCAGAGAUUCGUGCCUCAAGGACCCGGAAGAACCACCGUCCGUUAUGAGGUCUUCCGGAACAAGUACUCAGCGGAAGAAGAUUUCCAGCUCAUAAACCAGAUCUACAAACGAAUCAUGUCAGAAGAUAAGGGUCUGUGUGACCUCGCGCAAAAGAACAUCAACGCUGGUGUCUUCGUCAAUGGCGAAAUGCACCCAACAAUGGAGAAAGGUCCUCUUUUCUUCCAAAAGCUCGUUCGCGAGAGUGUCACAGAACACCAUAAGCGUGAGCAAGCCGCCAAACAGGAGAUAUGGCCUGCCAGGCAGAGCCUGCCUGAAACGGCGCUGCCCUACGCAACAAUCGACGAGGCCACGACACUGCGAGCUAGAGAAGAUUGCAACGCCGACUACGCUGCAAACCAGAGCGACAUUGAAGAUCCAGAGCGGCACUACAAGCCCAGAGCGCCAUUGCAGUCGAGAGCAACAUUGAACCCUCCGGAGGCACUGCAAGCCCAAAGCGCCAUUGCACACCAGAGCAACAUUGAAACCCCAGAGGCACUGCUAGCCCAAAGCGACAUUGCAAACCAGUCCGCCAUAGAGGUGGGCCGUUGA